AUGGUAUUAAUUAAAAAUUUAAAUGUGUAUAUAAUUUUUUUAGAUAUGUUAUUAUCAUUUUUUGGUUUAUAUGUAACACCGAUAAUGUAUUCAUUGUUUAAUACUGCUUCGAAAAGUUCUUUAUUUCAGGAUCGGAAUUUUGUUACUGUUGAUGAACUUUUACAUUCUGAUCUUGGACUUUCUACUACUAUUGAUUUAUGGGAUCUUAUUCUUAUGUUUUCACAUCUUUUAAAGUAUUAUAAAGUUGAAAUGAGUGUUGGUGAUUCAUUAUUAAUGAAUAUUCGUUUAUUUGUUGUAUUUAUAAUUUUUGUAUUAGUAACUGUUUUCUUAUUUGGACUUGUAAUUCCAGCAGUUGAUGGUGAUUAUAAAGCUGAACAUAAAAUCAAAUCAAAUCUCUUUAAUCAAACAUUACAUUUCUUUAUUAAACUAUUACAACACUUUACCAAGAAAAAUAAUACUAUUGAUACAAUUGUUACUAAUAAACAAUUAAAAAAUACUUGGGAUAAAAAUGAAAAUGUGGAAUAUGUAUUGAAAAGUGUUGAGGAGAUAAAUUCGGUGGAUAUGUUUACAAUGGCGAAAUUUACAUUUAUAAUUGGUUUUUUCUUGAUUGAUAUUCCAUUUCUCAUGUAUCGUUUAUAUAUUCUCAUCAAAUAUAAUGUAUUUUCAUUAUUAUUGUAUAAAAAUUUUAUGUUCCUAUUCUUAAGACCUUAUCGUCUUAAUAUGAGUCAACUUGCUGAACGUGAUACUACUAAAGGUUAUGAACAUCUUUUAUUCACACAAACUUCUAAUUCUAUUAAUAAUUCCAUUACACAUCAUACUUUGUUAAAUAAUUUCCAAGAUGAUGAUCCAAUAGAUUUACUCAAGAAAUAUGACAAGACUGAGAAAAAAAUACAUAAAUCAGUUCUUACACCUAUUUUAAAACAGAAAACUCUUAUUAAAAGAGAUCAAAUUAAAUCUGAUCCAACACCUUUCAAUUUCUUAAAUAAUAGUAGAUUACUCAAUGGUAAACCUGGGUUACCUAACGGGAAAUCUGGGUUGCUCAGUGGUAAACCCGGGUUACUCAAUGGAAGAACCGGAUUGUUUGGUCUUAAAACUAGAUUAUUUAAUGAUAGAACAGGAUUACCAAAUGGUAAAACUCGAUUAUUUGAUAAAAAGGAUAGAUUAAAUAUGGUGAAGAUGAUGAGUAGAAGUAAAUUGAUACCGAUGAGAUCAUAUCCUUUUACAUUAAUAUUACAUCAUUGGGUUUUAUUUUUGUUUCCUAAACAAAGGGCUGAAGUCACGAAUUUCCCUAAAUUCAUCACUGUAAAACAUAUUUGGAGUUGUAUUAUUGUAGUAUUCUCCAAUAUCAUACCUAGGUUCAUUAUAGUUUUGUUAUAUUUAACACAGAAUAUACGUUCUCCUAGAGAAAUUCUAGUAAAUUCAUCCAACUUUGAGAAGAUUUUAAUUGAAAUAACAUUAAUAUUUCCAAUUGUUACAUUUAUUUUCUCAAUAAAAACUUGUGGAAUCUUUGAUUCAGCAUUUUUAUUAUUUAGAGAAAUUGUCAGCCUAUUAACAUUUUCAACUUGUCUAUAUUCAUUUAAAUUAUUAUUAGAAACUUAUAAACUCUAUAAACAUUUGUAUAUAUUAUUAAUUCUAAUAAUUAAACCAUUGAUUAUAAUUUUUGAUUUUUUCAUUAUUUUUUUCCAAACUAUUAAUAAUUCCGUUAAAAAUAAUAAAUUUAAUUCCGUAAAUAAUUCGGUUAAUAGUUCGGUUAAACGUAAUUCUGUUGAAAAUUCUGUUGAAAAUUCGGUUAAUAGUUCGGUUAAUAAUUCUAUUGAAAGUUUGGAUUAUAAAAGUAUUUUAUUAUAUAAAAUAUUAAAGAGAUCAAUUGGUGGAAUAAUGUUGAAUAGUAAAAUAUGUAAUGAUGAUAUAAUAUUAAUGUUGAAAUGGCAUGAUAAAUUAUUCCAUUCACAAUGGUCUGAAAUUAUAGUUUCAAUACCAUUUAAAAUAAUUUGUAGUUGUAACUUAACUUCUAAAAUUUCCAUAUUAAUUUUAAUUUCCGAUAUAAUAUUUUCAUUAAUUUAUUGUCUAAUGUCACAAUCUGCACGUGUCUUAAUGUUAAGGAAAUAUGAAGUUAAUUAUAUUGUAAUGAGAGUUAUGAAAUUAGAUACAAAUGAUUGGGAUGAUUUAGAUAGUCCUGAACAUUGUAUUACACUUGCAGAAGUUGAUAAAUAUAUUAAUACACAAGGACUUUUAUCAUCACCCGGACUAAAUUUAUUUGGUUACAGAGUAUUAAACAAAGUCCCGUUUGUUUAA